GUCGCAUACAGCCAGCCCUUUCUGCUUUACCCCUGUACUGUGUAGCUAGCUGAUGCACACUAAGUAUACCUUCGAACAACACUACACCCAAUCUGAUCCACAUUUCAACAGGAGCUUUGGAGAAUAUUAUGUUAUGUACCUACUCCGUACGAAAUCGCAAACUUCUCGAAAUACUCGGUAGCGAUAUGAAUGACGUCACGUCGAUCUGGGGUUCAAGAUACUUCAUGGCAAACGUAAACGAGUUGCAUCUUCUAUCACCUUCAUACUCCGAUUUGCACAACCCACGAUCCAUCAUCCAGAUUGAUACUGUUACCAGAUGGGACUUGCAAGAAGUGGGUUCGCCCUUGUAACCCCUGCCUCGAAAGGACUGGGUUUCGCCUUCGCGCGACAACUGCUGUCCAACACGGAUCUACCUGUUCUUGUGACUGCGCGGAAGAAUGGCGGGGAUCUCUGUUACAGGUUACUGGGGGAGGUCACCGACGAGUCUAAAAAGGCAGAAGAGAGGCUAAGGGUCUUCGAAGUUGAUGUGACCGACGAGGCGACCAUACACUCUAUGGCUGCACAGAUACGACAGGAAUACCCCGAGGCCUCUCUACGUAUUGCAAUCACAGUACCUGGUGUUUUGCAUGUCGAAAAGUCUCCGACACAGAUCGAUGCUGCCGGCGCUUUGCACAGUUUUAGAGUCAAUGCCCUCGGUCCUAUGCUUCUGAUGAAGCAUUUGGCUCCCUUUUUGCCAACCAAGUCAUCCGCUGGAUUUGCGGAUGACCUUCCACCUCCAUCUGGAGAGCGCUUGUGGAAGCUCCCGUCACAUGCCAUCUACGCCAUGAUGGCUGCGCGAGUAGGGUCCGUAUCCGAUAACUCAGCUGGAGGCUGGUACUCAUACCGUGCCAGCAAGGCAUCCGUCUUUCAGCUGGCCAAGACUUUCGAUCUGUAUCUGAGGUCUCAGAGCAGAGACCGAGCAUUCGCAGUAGCGAUGCACCCAGGAACAGUCCAGACAGAUUUCACCAAAAAUUAUUGGGAUGGGAGACACAUGCUGCAGCCAGACCAAUCCGCAGAGAGGCUAUUACAGCACCUAUGCAGGAUGCGGACCGGGGAUUUCGAUGGACGAGGUCGGUGUUGGGAUUGGAAGGGAGAGGAGGUUCUGCCAUAGCAGAUGUGGAUGGCAAACUCGGGCGGGCAUGGGUACCUGGUCUAUGUAUGCUAUCACCCGAGCCAAUCCAUGUGACACACAUCCGUGAUAUCUCACCUCAGAUAUUGUAGGUAAAGCUAUGGCUGCUCAAGGUGGUGUUAGACGAGCGGUAAGCUCUCGAACUGCACUGGAUCGAGGGGUCUAAAUACGAAAAUCUUAGCUG